CGCGCAUGUCAGUAGGCGUAUUAUUUUGGGAUACAUGGAUGUCAUUAUCCCGAGUAUCCUCGGUAUUGAGCCGAUGCUUUCCAUGCAUCUCCAUGACCAGAAAGCUUGAUCUGAACUAUUACCUUUUCUGCAAUUGGACUUGUACUCCACAGAUACGAGACCAUCGAUCGAAGCAAAGAUUUCGUUCGACCCCAAUUGAUCGCUAUCCCACUGUAUUCUGGUCUUUCCAUUCGUGUCUUGUCACAUUUCAUAACGAUAGCUGUCGCUUGAUCUUCCUGCCACCCGACCACGUCGACCUUCGAAACGUCAUUCGGGCUCUUGUUAAAGAGAACUCAACAUGAAUACCCUAAGAUACAUGAGACCGGUCGCCUCGCGCCUGCAGGCGUCGACUAUUCCCAGAAUGGCAAGAUGCUACUCGAGCAACUCUUACGAGUAUAUCCAGGUGUCGCAGCCGAAGCCGGGCGUAGGGCAAGUGACGCUGAACCGACCCAAGGCGCUCAAUGCUUUGUGCACACCUCUGAUUAACGAGCUGAACACGGCUCUCAAGGCGUUCAACCAGUCGGACGACACGACAGUGAUCGUGUUGACGGGGUCGCAGAGGGCGUUCGCGGCGGGAGCGGACAUCAAGGAGAUGGCUCCUCUGACCUUCUCGGAAGCGUACACGAAGUCCUUCAUCGAAUCGUGGUCUCUCCUGACGACGGAGAUCAAGAAGCCCAUCAUCGCCGCGGUGUCUGGGCACGCCCUGGGUGGGGGUUGCGAGCUGGCCAUGAUGUGCGAUCUCAUCUACUGCACGGAGGGGGCCAAUUUCGGCCAGCCGGAGAUCAAGCUGGGCACGAUUCCGGGUGCUGGUGGUAGCCAGAGGCUGACCAGGGCGAUCGGCAAGUCCAAGGCGAUGGAGCUCAUCCUGACGGGCAAGUCCUUCACGGGAAGCGAGGCGGCGCAGUGGGGAGUGGCGGCGCGUGCGUUCCCGACGUACGAGGCGCUCAUGGAAGAGACGCUGAAGACGGCCGAGACGAUCGCCGGAUAUUCGAGGGUGGCUGUCAAUGCCUGCAAGGAGGUCGUCAACAAGAGCCAGGACCUACCUCUCCGGGAAGGCGUCGAGUUUGAAAGGAGAGUGUUCCACAGCCUGUUCGGGAGCAACGAUCAGAAGGUGGGCAUGAAGGCGUUUGCCGAGAAGAAGAAGCCGGAAUGGACCCAUUCGUGAAGAAGAAACCGAACGUCACUAUUUAUUGAGAGGGAUAGAUAGGGAGAUAUUUCACAUCGAGUUGACGUGACGUCUAGGUUGUCUUUCAAUUUACAGAAGCAAGCCCUGCGUGGCCGAUUACCGUGCUGUGGAUAUAGUUGUGGUCAGAAAAUGUGUACGGACUUGGAUGAAGAUGAUCAUCGUAUAAGGUUUCUAGAAGAGGAAACCAAUGUAGGUAGGUGAGGAGUUUGACCAGGAGUGCAGUGCAUGCCCUGAGAUGAUAUUCUGCUUUCCCCCGGAACUGAACGGCGCAUUCACAUGUUGCAGC